CCUAACCGCUUGUCCAAAAACAGCCCCCGUGCCUCCUCCUCCUCCUCCCGAAGAAGCUGCCAAGUGUUGGGGUCUAAUCCCUCCCCACACUUUGUUCAUUUCUUCCCCAGAUAGCCCCUGCCUCUCCUAUUACCAGUUAUCUCCGGAGCAUCCAUCCUGUUGAGUUGUUUUCCAAGUUUCAUGCAUCACCCUCGAAUUGAAUUCUUUCAGUCUAUCCUCUUUUAUCUUCUACUAUGUCUUGUAUUGCAAUGGUAUUCGCAAUCGUGUUGUUCUGCUUAAGUCUGUGAUACUAAAGAAUCAUCAGACAGAAGAUUGAGAGAAUUCAGCAGAAAAGAGACGGCCAAUUUUUAAAAAAUAUCGCAUUUUUCCUUCCCCGCUUUUCCCAUGGAGCAGUUCCGUCAGGUAGGAGGGGUUUUGGGAAGCCUCAAGGCUCAGAUGGUAUUUAAAGAUGAGAUACAAAUCAAUCAGCGCCAAUGCUGUUUGUUGGUGGAUGCCUUCAACCACGCCUUUGAAGUGGUCGCAGAGGAGAUGAGGCAGUAUCUAAGAUUCGAAGAGAGAUUCUCGAAGUGGAAUGCACUAGAGAGCCCACUCAGAGAGCUUUACAGGGUAUUUAAGGAAGGAGAGCAGUAUGUCCGACAAUGCUUGGAGACAAAAGAUUGGUGGGCUAAAGCCAUUUCCCUCAGCCAGAAUUGUGAUUGCAUCGAUUUCCAUCUGCACAAUUUGUUAUGGUGCAUCUUUGUUGUGCUCGAGGCAAUUGAGAAUGUCGGAGAGAUCUCAGGUUGUGAUCAAGAAGUGAUCCAAAAGAAAAGGCUUGUCUUCAUGAAGAAGUAUGAGCAAGAAUGGAUGGAUCCACAUCUCUUUCAGCACAAGUUUGGAAAGAAGUACUUGAUUUCCCAAGACAUAUGCAGCAGACUGGAUAGUGUCCGGAAGGAGGACCAUUGGAUUCUCUCAGAAAUGACUUCUGAGAGGAGAAAUUCAGGUUCCAUGCCUCUAGCAAAGCAAGAGAACCAGCUUGCUGAGCUUCUUUUAGCUCCAAAAGGGAAGCUCUUUCCAAGUUCAGUGCUGGUGAGGUCCAAGGACUACCAGGUAAGAAGACGAUUAGGGAGCGGGGGGCCCUACAAGGAGGUCCAGUGGAUGGGAGAGAGCUUUGCCGUUGGGCAUUUCUUUGGGGACAUCGAGCCAUUGAAGCAAGAGAUCUCGCCCGUGUCAUCUCUGAGACACCCAAAUGUAAUGCAGAUCAUGUAUGCUUUCUCUGACGAGGAGCGGAGAGAAUUGUUUCUGGUUAUGGAGCUCAUGAGCAAGGAUCUCUCUAGUUAUAUCAAAGAAAUAUGCUCCACAAAGAGAAGGCUCCCCUUUCCUCUGCUGGUGGCAGUGGACAUAAUGCUACAAAUUGCAAGAGGAAUGGAGUAUCUCCACUCUUGUGGGAUAUAUCAUGGAGAUUUGAAUCCAUCCAACAUUUUAGUAAAACCAAGAAAUUCAAAUCCAGAUGGCUACUUGCAUGUAAAAAUCCAGGGAAUUGGGCUACCGAGUUUGAAGAAGCCGAGAGCUUCGACAAAUCAAACAGCUACAGAUUCAUGCAUAUGGUAUGCACCUGAGGUUCUUUCAGAGCAAGAACAGUCAACAGAGCCUAAUGUUUCCAAAUGCACAGAGAAAGCAGAUGUCUACAGUUUUGCAAUGAUUUGUUUUGAGGUGCUAACUGGAAAAAUACCUUUUGAGGAUGAUCACCUUCAAGGAGAUAAGAUGAGCAGAAACAUAAGGGCAGGCGAGAGGCCGCUAUUCCCAUUCCCAUCUCCAAAAUACCUCACUAACUUAACCAAAAGAUGCUGGCAGGCCGACCCUUCCCAACGACCAAGCUUCUCUUCUGUCUGUAGAGUUCUUCGUUACAUCAAGAGGUUUUUAAUUAUGAAUCCAGAUCGUGGCCAGCCUGACCUACCAGCUCCACCAGUGGACUACUUUGAUCUUGAAGCGAAGCUGUCCAGGAAGUUCACAACAUGGGCAACUGCAGAAGCUCUAACAGUCUCCGAAGUCCCCUUUCAGAUGUUCGCUUAUAGAGUUAUGGAGAGGGAGAGGACUAAUCUGAACUUUAGGGAGAGGAGUUCAGAGUCAGGGAGUGAGGGGGCAACGUCGACAUGUGGAGAUGAGAAUGGCUUCAAUUUGAUUGGUCAGGAGGAUCCUUUCUCAGCUCCUGUUGGUUUGUUAAAAUCACCAACGUCACCUCAGGUCAGUCCUGACACCAAUAGGAAAGCAUCCGCAAAGAAGACGAUUGGAAAACUCAAGUUACAAUCAGGACAGCAUCAAAAAGGAGCAGUAAGACCACCACAAAAAACAGUACAUGCAUACAAUAUGAAGAUGAAAUCCGAAAGCCACUUGCAGACGGUUGCCAUGAGCCCGAGGAGGAGGUUUUCUGGGCAUGCGUCAGAUUCAGAGUUAGCAUAGUCCUUCAGGCCCAAAUUUAGAACAAAGUGCUUGUCGUUACUUCAAGGGGAAAAACAAAGACCAAAGAGGAGUAUUUUAGCAGACUAUAUAUAUGUAAAUAAAUUACACCCACAUUUUCUUAUGUAGAAAUUCUCCCAUUGUUCAACAUCACAAAAGGGUUUUAGACUUAUAGGACCUUUAUCAGAUGUUCCUAGAGUUUUAAAGAAAACAGCUGUUAAGUUUCAAGCAUCAGUCAUACUUUCAAAAUAACUGCUCCCCAAAUUAACAGAUCUCAUGUGAAAAACUAUGUACAAGCUCAUUAUUCUAUCAAGAUAGAUGAUAUUGCAAGACAGUUGUUUUUA